AUGCGUUUGAAGAUACGGAGUCUGUUCCCUCUUCUAUUCAGUCUUCUGUCAGUUUUCUGUUUAGUCCUCCCGAACAGACGUGGGCGAAACGUUUCGUUUCGUUUCGUUGUUUCGUCUGCUCCCGAAGCGAGAGAAACAGUGAGCCUUCAAACUACCAUUCAGAAAGAGUCGUACUUCUUGGAUGAGGACUGGGGUUUGGAUUUUGUGUCUGUUGCUGAUGUUGUUGGGUCGUGGGAACGUGUCCAUACAAUGCAUACAAUGGAAGAGCUUGAAUUCUUCACUGGAUCGACAUGUACUGACGAUAUGGGAACAAGCACAUUUGAAGAUAACGAGUCUAUUCCCUCUUCUAUUCAGUCUUCUGCCAGUUUGCUUAGUCCAUUCGAAGCGCGAGAAAAAGUGAGGAAGUUGGCAUUGCAAGCCAACAAUGUGGAUGACUUCUUCGAAUUGAUGUAA